ACGAAAUGGAAAACUCUGAUCAACGAGUACCUAGUGAGUUAUCAUUAAAAAGUGAAACUACAUAUAAGUACCUACUUGAUUGGAUUUUAUGUUUAUUGUGAAAAUGAUUACAUACGUAUUGAUCAUAGUGCUCACAUUGAUUUCCCCUUCUAUUGAAGAUGAUUGCCCAGAUCCCCCAACAAACUGUUCCAGAGAUAAUAUAAGAUUUUUCCUGUACACAGAUGUCAACAAACAACCAGCAGAAUUAUUUCUAAAUGACCCUAAAACUAUCAAAAAUGCCAAAUUCAACAAAGGAAAUUUCAAAUUUAUGAUUCAUGGUUUUACGCAAUGGAAAAAUGAACCAAAAUGGAUUACAUUACGCGAAGAAUAUUUCAAACAAAAAGAUAAAAAUUGGAACAUACUUUUUCUGGAUUAUUGGCCUGUGGCAAAAAUGGGAUGUUAUUGGAAAACUGCAGUUCGCAGCUUGGAAAAAAUAGGCGAAUGUGGUGCUAAUUUUCUCAAAAGUCUAUUAAAGGAAAGACGGGAAUUAAAAAUCGAACAAUUUCAUUUCAUUGGCUUCAGUUUAGGAGCUCAGAUUUGUGCCCAAAUAUCCAACAGCCUUAGACCUUCUAAAAUGGACAUCACACGUAUAACAGGUUGUGAUCCUGCCUAUCCAGGAUUCGUUUUAGGCGCCAGGCAAUCAGAUACCAUACUCAACAGUCAACAUGCGACAUUUGUGGACGUUAUUCAUACAAAUAUGGGAUUUUGUGGAGUAUUUCAUUCAUCAGCGCAUUACGAUUUUUAUGCAAAUGAUGGGUCUUGUCAACCUGGAUGCAAGUGUAGUGAACCUUCGUGCUCCCACGGCCGAGCCUUACAAAUAUAUGCCGAAUCUGUGAAUUCAAAAACCAAAUUUUAUGCUAAGAAAUGUGACUCUGAGACUAUGUGGAUUUCUAUUCGGAAAUGUACCGGUGAUCAUAAAGCAACAGUGGAAGUCGGUGAAUACUGCAAGCCUCCAGAAAAAAAGGAUGAAGGAGUGUAUAAUUUCUCGACUAAUGAUAAGUCGCCGUUUGCACAAGGAUCGUCAAAACCAUAAUCAUCACUUCAAAUGUAGGUAAGGUACCAUAAAAAAGUUACAUUAUACCCGAGGCUGUAUCAAUAAAUUGAGUUUCAACACAA